UCAGGACUAUGAAUCCUGUCUGCCCAAAGUCAAUUAUGGUAAUCUAGUUAUAAGUCUCAGUGAUUGAUCUGAGGUGGCCAAGUAACCAAAGAGAACAUCUGAUGGAGAUUUUAGAAAUAUCUGGUAAAGACAAGCCCUGUCUAAUUUCCCUUCCUGAUUUUGAACUGGGGUUGUGUGAACACAUAAUGUCUGGUAUUGUGGUAGCUAUUUUGUGACUUUAGGGGUGGAAAAUGGAGCAAUUCUGUGUCCUUAACGACAUCACUGAGACACUAAAUGGGACCUGGGACUGCGUAUCUCUGGUUUCUUAUAACAUGAGACUCCCAUUGUUCAAACCGCUUCUGAUGGGAUAUUCUGUUAUUGAAGCCAAAAAGCAUCUUGAUGGGUAGAGAUCUAAGUAAAGAACAAGUUUGGGGGGAAUAUUAAUGACCCUGAUUUUAGGAGUACAGAUCCAUGGAAGAUGAGAAGAGCUGAACAGACCGAAACUCCUGGGGAAGGCUCCAUCACCACUAGCCGGAACGGAGGAAAGAUCUGGGACUCUCUGAGCAGGAGGACUGCGGUACUGCCAACAGAAUGGCCUGGAGACCCUCCGGGUGGAAAACGCUCUGACGGAUGUCAUCCUGUGUGUGGACAUCCAGGAAUUCUCCUGCCACCGCGUGGUGCUUGCCGCUGCCAGCAACUAUUUCAGGGCCAUGUUCUGCAAUGAUUUAAAGGAAAAGUAUGAGAAGAGGAUCAUCAUUAAAGGGGUUGAUGCUGAGACCAUGCACACCCUCCUGGACUACACGUAUACCAGCAAGGCGCUGAUCACCAAGCAGAAUGUCCAGCGCAUCCUGGAAGCUGCGAACCUCUUCCAGUUCCUGCGGAUGGUGGAUGCCUGCGCCAGUUUCCUCACAGAAGCCUUGAACCCAGAAAACUGUGUUGGCAUACUGAGGCUGGCCGACACACACUCCUUGGACAGUCUGAAGAAGCAGGUUCAGAGUUACAUCAUUCAAAACUUUGUGCAGAUCCUGAACUCUGAGGAGUUCCUUGAACUUCCGGUGGACACUCUGCACCACAUCUUAAAGAGUGACGAUCUAUACGUGACGGAAGAGGCGCAGGUGUUUGAGACUGUGAUGAGCUGGGUCCGGCACAAGCAGUCAGAACGACUCUGCCUGCUCCCCUAUGUCCUGGAGAAUGUGCGCUUGCCGCUCCUGGACCCCUGGUACUUUGUGGAGACUGUGGAAGCAGAUGCUCUCAUCAGGCAGUGCCCAGAGGUCUUCCCGCUGCUCCAGGAAGCCAGAAUGUACCAUCUUUCUGGCAAUGAGAUCAUCUCAGAGCGCACCAAGCCCAGGAUGCACGAGUUCCAGUCUGAGGUGUUUAUGAUCAUUGGCGGCUGCACUAAGGACGAGCGGUUUGUGGCGGAGGUGACCUGCCUGGAUCCCCUGAGGCGCAGCCGCCUGGAGGUGGCCAAGCUGCCACUGACCGAGCACGAGCUGGAGAGCGACAAUAAGAAGUGGGUGGAGUUUGCGUGUGUGACUUUAAAAAACGAGGUCUACAUCUCAGGUGGCAAAGAGACACAGCACGAUGUUUGGAAAUAUAACUCUUCCAUCAACAAAUGGAUUCAGAUCGAGUAUCUGAACAUAGGCCGCUGGAGGCAUAAGAUGGUGGUGCUGGGUGGCAAGGUGUAUGUGAUCGGAGGGUUCGACGGCUUGCAGAGGAUCAACAACGUGGAGACCUACGACCCCUUCCACAACUGCUGGUCGGAGGCUGCACCCCUCCUUGUCCACGUCAGUUCCUUCGCAGCCACCAGCCAUAAGAAGAAGCUCUACGUGAUUGGAGGAGGGCCCAAUGGGAAACUGGCCACAGACAAGACUCAAUGUUAUGACCCUUCAACCAAUAAGUGGACUCUAAAGACGGCCAUGCCGGUGGAGGCUAAAUGCAUCAAUGCAGUGAGUUUCCGGGACCGCAUCUACGUUGUUGGAGGGGCCAUGAGAGCGCUGUACGCCUACAGCCCCCUGGAAGACAGCUGGUGCCUGGUGACCCAGCUGAGCCAUGAGCGGGCCAGCUGCGGCAUCGCGCCCUGCAACAACCGGCUCUACAUCACCGGGGGGCGGGACGAGAAGAACGAGGUCAUUGCCACGGUGCUGUGCUGGGACCCCGAGACCCAGAAGCUGACAGAGGAGUGCGUCCUGCCCCGCGGGGUGUCGCAUCACGGCAGUGUCACCAUCAGGAAGUCAUACACCCACGUCCGGAGGAUCGUGCCAGGAGCAGUGUCUGUGUGACCGCAGCAGGGGAGCCUGGAGACCCUGAGCACUCCCUCGGUGCCUCUGAGCCAUGCACACUCCUGCUCGGCUGGCGUUUGAGGCCAUACAUCAAGGGCUGACUGUGGCUCACUAUGGCACAUCUUGGAGGUCACAGCUUUGGGCCACUGAGACAGCCUGGGAUGUUUGAGUGACCUACCUCAGGAGGGAAGGCGAGAAGAAGGCACAUACCUACUCUGGCCAGGUUCUAUGCCAGGCACUUUUGCCUAUUAACUCAUUUUACUAGCAUAAUGACCUGCAGCCUGGAUACUAUCACUCCUGUUUUGCAGGUGCAGAAACAGUUUCAGAGGCCGAAUGACUUGCCCUAGUGAGAUAGCAAGUAACUAAGCCAGGCACCUAAAACCCCGGUUUUUCCUUUCCAAAGGUAGUGCCCUCCAGGCCGUGCUACUCAUCUCAGAGCAGAAAAAACAAAAACAAGAAAAACCUGGCUCAUUUCUUGUUCUGGCAAGUCUUGCUAGAAAACAGGGAAAUUCAGGGGGUUCCCUUUCCAUUUCUCCCCUCCGCCUCAUUUUGAAACCACGGGAAACCCUUUGUGUUGGAGCCUUUUGGGCUCCUGGUCAAGGGCAUCUCAUCAGUUCUUCCACCUGACAGGUCUGGGGAGACAGGUUCAGGAAGGCCGAUUUGCUUGGAGAGAGAGGACAGACUGUGUUCUGUUCUCCACCAUUGAAGGCCUCUAUUUUUUUUUUUUUUUAAUUAUUUGAAAGGCAGAGAGACAGAAAGAGCAUGCACCCAUCUGCUGGUCACUCCCCAAAUGCCAGAGAUGCCAGGUUGGGCCAGGAUGAGCUGAAGCCAGGAGUCGGGAACUCAAUCCUAGUUACUUGAGCCAUCACUGCUGCCUCCCCGAGACUGCAUUAGCGAGAAACUGGAGUCAGGAGCCAGAGCCGAGAACUGAACCCAUUGUGGGACAUAGGCAUCUGAACCACUAGGCCAAAUGUCCAGUUUGAAAGCCUAUUUUUUUAAAAAAUCAUCACAGGAUGGCCCACUGGGCACUGGAACUGCCAGACAGAACCAACGCAGUCCAGUGUCUCCAUGUCCUGCAGUCGCAUUGCCAUUAGAAAAGAGGUGUCUGGAGACUCAAGACUACUGUGUUUAUAGAAAGUAAACUUGUUAAUACUGCUGGUCACUGCGGAAGUCUUGAUGGAUUAAUUUCUUCUGUUUAGACAGUGAUUUGGGUCCAUAGUCCUGAGACCCCACUGACCUGGAACCCAAGAUUUUAAGAAUCUUUUAAGCCUUUCUAUUUGGUUUUUGGAUCAUCCUGGCUGAAUUGUGACCCAAAGGUCAGGGUCCGUCCUUCAGUCUCACAGAAGAGCUUUCCAAUGAGCUCACUGGAAAUUCAUUCUAAUCCCUGAGCUGGAGAAACAGGUUGAGAGAUCCUGUUUCACACGCGGCAGUUCAACAGCCACAGGGCCAACAACAUAGUAACUGCGUUACCCAAUGUGCUUUAUUUUCAUUGCAUGAUUUAGAUCCCCUUUAUAGCAUUUUAUUUCACAUCAGGUGUGGCACACUGAGCUCGUCAGGAAGGUAUUAGAGUGGAUGGAUAGCGAAUUUCAUUUUCCUACAAAAGUGAUGAUUGGAAGAAGCUAACGAUCAAAAGAGAUUCUGACAAUCGGGUGAGGUUUCUGUUUUCGCUGAGAUCCUUGAGGAGAAGUGUAAAUGCACGCUGAUGUGUGGAAGAUUCUGUGUUUUCGGGUCAAGAUGACAGUUCUGCUCCCUGCUAAGUAAGAUGGGACAAUGCAAACCUAUUUACGUAUUUGUGGAAAUGUGGAACACACUAUCACUUACUCAUGAGCACUAAUGAGUGUCAGGAAGCUCUCAGCUGCAACAGUGCAUUCUGGUUCAAUUCAGCAGACAUUCACAUUGUGGAGAGGGCCUGAAGGAGACCCUGAAUGACAAAGCCCCCUCCAGAGACACUCAGAAUGGAUAAAGAGGCCACGACUCCAUAUUCUAGCUUUCCCUUUCUCCAGGUUAGUUAGCAAUGUGAAGUUGCAGGGUGGUUUCCAGGCCUCGAUCACCUUUCACGGUGUCCCUGCGGGGAGCAGUGUACUCAGGUCAGCUAGUGGCGAUGGCGUACCUUGUCUCUUGUAUAUUGUUCUCGGCCUCAGGAAAACUCAGUCUUAUUCCCAAGACUGUUGCAGAGAAAAACUCCCCGAGGAGAACUCCAGUGACACCCUUAGCCCGCCCGUAGAACGUCCCCUCAGACAGCAGUCCUUGUGACGGAGCAGAGAGAGGUCCUUUUCUGAGAGCAACCAGCAAACCUGGAGCCCAUGAGCGGGGCGGCCCUACCCUGGGCAGGUGAGGAUGAGCAUCUCUGAGUUACAAACCCGAUUCCAGACGCAGGGCCCACAUUUCAGGCCUCGUUCAGAAUGCCCAAAUGAAGACAAGGGAAGGACUCUUUAGGAUUUUGUAGCACUGGAUAAGCAGGUGAAUUAUAAAAUCUUAAGUCCCUUGCACUCAGGAAAUGCAGGUUCCCAUUAGAGGCAGGAGGAAGGAGAUCAGUACUCCUGUUAAGGAGAGCUAGAGUUCUGUGCUUGAACCUGCUGGUCUGUAGCUUCUAGUCAAAGAAGUCCUAUCAUUUUGGAGAAACUUUAUAACAGUCAUUAGGAUUUAAGUUUCUAGGCACUAGCCAGGGCUGGGGGCUCCUAAAAUCUAAUUUCCAUGCCAAGAUAAGAAAGAAAAAAAAAAGAACCAAAGUUUGCAGCGCAUUAGCUGUUAUAACCCACACGGCCGGCCCAGGGGGUGUAAUGCAGAGGCGGGGAGCGGGGGGCCCUGGGACUCAGGCAGGGCAGAGAGAUGUUCCGGCACAGCAGGCUGGCAUGCAGCAGGGCCUGUGAGUGGCUAGUGCACCCCUGCCUGGGAGCCAGAGGCUGGGGUAGAAGGAGGGGGUCAGGGUCUAAGGGUGAGAUCUGGAAAACAACAUCAAGAGCACUCGGGUUUGUGAGCCGGAGGGGCAGGGGAGAUCCAGGGCCAGGCUGUCCAGGUAAGGAAACAAGGAGGAAACCCACUUCCUAGAGCUGAGGCACAAGUCAGAGCAGAACCAGCAUCGGACCAGCUUUCUUGCGGCCUCUGAGCUGCCCGGCUGCGUCUCCCCUCCUGCUGGACCCAGGAUCUUUGAUGGAAUAGAAACUGUGGGUGAGGCUCAGGGCCCCAGCUGCCAAGGCUGGUCAGAAACACCCCAGGAGCCAGGCACACCACGGCACCAACAGAAAAAUGUCCUCCUCACAGCUUCCAUCCCCCGUGGUCUCACUGACUUCAGGAAAUGCACGCACACGGUGCCCUUGAACUCCAAGCAAGCCACGUGCUCAGGGAAAUACCAAUAUCAUCUCACAGCUGUGGAAGCAUAGCUUUGCUAUUUAUAAAAGUCCUUGAGGUGCUCUUAUCAGUGAUUUACUUAUCCUGCUUGGCUUGGAAAAACAAAAGUGCUCAGCGGAAUUUCUAAAGGGGGUAACCCCCGCUGGAAAGUCUUUGAUAAAGUCCUCACUUGAGAGUUGCAAGUCAUUUUUCCCCUUAAUAUCUGGGCCAUGUAUUAGGUCUUCUAGUUUGAAGAGUCAACAUUUAUGGAAAUCCUUAUUUUUCUUAAAAUAUGGUUUCAGUAAAAUCUACUUUGACAGGUCGGAUUUUUGUAUUUGUAGGUUUAGGUAGUCAACACUUGGCAAACAAAACUCUCUAAGUAUUUUGAUUACGUGAAGUUGUAUUUUUGUAAAUGAUCAAACUAAUUUUUUACAGGUAAUAUUUUAUUUAUUCAAUAAAAUAUGUCUGGAAUAACUAAGAAUAU